AUGAACAUCGCUGGCGAUGGCAUACAAUCGGGUGAUAUUGUCAACGCAUACGUACCGCCGACGCCCGGGAGGGGCACCGGUAGUCACCGGUAUAUAAUGUUGGUUUGUACUCAGCCGAGAAGUUUGAUUACACCUAAAAGGGAUGAUAGUGUGUCCGCUCGGGUGGGCUUUAAUUGGCACUGGUUUAAGAACAAAUAUAACCUUGGUCAAACAGUGGCCGGUAAUUUUUGA